AUGGUUCAAACAGAACCAUCUGAUUCAGCUACAUAUUACUGUGCUGUUGCAUAUUAUGCGAGUGUGGCCUUAUUAGACUGCACAGUUUUAGUCCUCAAAGGUUCAUCAAGUCUCUCUGCUGUUCUCCAGCCUCCUGUAUCAGAUCCUGUUGAACUGGGAGGAGAUACAACUUUGCAGUGUUCAAUACUCACAGAUGUGUCUGCAGGAGAUCACAGUGUGUACUGGUUCAGACAUGGAUCAGGAGAAUCUCAUCCAGGAAUCAUUUACACUCAUGGAAACAGGAGUGAUGAGUGUAAGAAAAGCUCUGAGACUGAUUCUCCUACACAGAGCUGCGUCUACAAACUCCCCAAGAGAAACCUCAGCCUCUCUGAUGCUGGAACUUACUACUGUGCUGUGCUCAUGUGUGGAGAGAUCAUCUUUGGGAAAGGAACUAAACUGGACUUUGAAGAGAAAUGUGCUUUGGUCCCAACCAUUGUGGUGUUAGUGGUGUCGAACAUCAUCGCUCUGAGUGUGGCUUUGUUUAUGUGCAGAAAACACAGCAGUCAUCAUAAAGAUGCUGCUGAAGCUCAUGCGUAUCAGCCUGCAUGUGGGGAAGCUUCAUACUUUGCAGCAGACACUUUCAUCAGAGAUGAACCACAGCAGAAGACUGAAGAUGUGAACUCUAAAGUCAUUUAUUACCAACAAAACUGAACUUUAUAAAGUUUAGAAGACUUUCUCUCCUUUCUGCGCUGAUGAUUGCAGACUGAGGAAUAACUGGCUAACAGAUAUUAAUGCAGUGUUUUUUAGCAUAUUGGUAUCAUUAGUAGUAGCUAUAGAAGUAGUAGUGUUGUUGUCUUGGUACAGUAAAACAAAAUAAUAGUGAGUCAGUAAAGUGCUAAUCUGAGUAGUGUAUAUUUGAAUGUGUGUGUUCUGAAUAAAAGAGAUUUUUAGGUAA